AUGAUGACGUCAAUUGACCCAACUGCUGACCCGGAAGUUGAUAAUGUGACUUGUUUGUUAGCCAGCUCCUUUUAAUAAGAUUGUCAAUGGCACAAAAUAGAACGUUUCAAUUCAUAGCGUAGUCUCUUGUUUCCACCUUAUAGAUAAACAUGUCACGGGAGCGAAACCCGCUUUUCUGUAAAAACUCCGGUGCCGUUCAUGCUGAGACGCCGAACCUAGACCACAUACACAAGACCCCGAUACAGAUCCUCCAUGAGUACGGUGUGAAAUCAGGAAAGUUCCCAGAGUUUCUGAUGGAAAGUGCUGAAGGAGAAGCUCACCAGCCCAGGUUCAUCUACAGGGUGACGAUAGGUGACGUCAGCUGCACUGGUGAGGGCUCCAGUAAGAAGGCUGCCAAACAGGCAGCAGCAGAAGCAGCCAUGAGGAGUCUGCAGAUCAAUCCUGAAACCCUUGGGAGGCGCUGUGUCAAGCCCGAUCCUGAUGGUGGCGCUGCAGACAAUCCUCCCAACUCAGUUGGAACCCUGCAGGAGCUGGCCAUGCAGCGAGGCUGGCGCGUUCCUGAGUACACGGUGGUGGCCGAGGCCGGGCCGCCGCACAUGAGGCACUUCACCGUCUCCUGCCGGUUGGAGUCGCUCCUGGAGACAGCGACCGGCAACUCCAAGAAAGCGGCGAAGAAGACAGCGGCGGACAACAUGGUGGCCCAGCUUCAGAGUCUGUCGGGCGGCUCUGUCAUCACAUGGACGCCGACGACCAACGUGACCUUGGAGAAGCUGAAGAGCUCGACGGCUGAGAAGAUGGCGCUGCUGAGGAGGAGUCCGCUGAGCAUUCCCAACACUGACUACAUCCAGGUGAUGCAGGAGCUGUCGGCCGAGCAGGGCUUUCGGGUCACGUACAUCAACAUCGAUGAGCUGACGGUGAACGGUCAGUACCAGUGUCUGGCCGAGCUCGCCACCUCUCCGGUCACAGUCUGCUGUGGAACCGGAAUCUCCCGCGGCAACGCUCAGAACGCCGCGGCGCACCACGCCCUGCAGUACAUCAAGGUCAUGACCACCAGCAAGUGAGUCCGGCUGGUGUCGGGCCCGGAGCCUCGUGCAGGAGCCUGAAGGAGUGAGGUUCGCCGUCGGCUCGGAAAUCAACUCGCUAUAAGCUGUCUGAACAGACUCACUGAGGUCGUGACCUUUGGUCGUCCCAUCCAAGGGUCUGCGGACAGAAACCCUCCCCUCUCUGUGCCACUGAGUCUCUGAAACUUCUGAGGAUUUUAACUCCUUCAGUACCACUGCUCCCCAAAUAUACUGUAUGUAUAUAUAUAUAUAUUAGGGGUGGGAUUCGAUUAAAAAAAUAAUCUAAGUAAUUAGAGAAUUUGUGAUUAAUUACUCCCAAUUAAUCGCAGAUCAAUAGUAUAAGAAUAUUUGCCACAAGAAGCCAGAUUUGUCAAUGUGAAUGAAUGUGGUGUAUGACUGAACCAAAUGAUGGAGCCAUACAGACAUUUAAACAACAGAAUAUUGUUUAUUUUGCAUCAGUUUGACAACAGCACAAUAAAUCACCAUGGUGUCUAUAUUCAAGUUUUUAUAUCA